AUUACAACAGAUCCAGAUGUUUUGUGCGUCUUCGUCUCCGCUUCCAUUGAAGCAGAAGCGGUAGAAGAAGAAGAAGAAGAAGAAGAAGACGACGACGACGACGACGACGACAAGAGAGCGAGAGCGAUCAUGGAUAGUCGUCUCCAACGGAUCUUCGGAGCUGGGGGGAUGGGGCACCCACCCACCGACACACCCCUCCUCGACUCCUCCGAGCAGGUCUACAUCUCCUCCCUCGCCCUCCUCAAGAUGCUCAAGCACGGUAGGGCGGGUGUGCCGAUGGAGGUGAUGGGGCUGAUGCUGGGGGAGUUCGUGGACGAGUACACGGUGCGCGUGGUCGACGUCUUCGCCAUGCCGCAGAGCGGGACCGGCGUCAGCGUCGAGGCCGUCGAUCACGUCUUCCAGACCAACAUGCUCGACAUGCUCAAGCAGACCGGAAGACCGGAAAUGGUGGUGGGAUGGUACCACUCACAUCCUGGCUUUGGUUGUUGGCUCUCUGGUGUUGACAUAAAUACGCAACAGAGUUUUGAAGCAUUGAAUCCCAGAGCAGUUGCAGUUGUGGUAGACCCAAUCCAGAGUGUUAAGGGCAAAGUAGUCAUUGAUGCUUUUCGGUUGAUCAACCCUCAGACAAUGAUGCUCGGCCAAGAGCCUCGCCAAACUACAUCUAAUGUUGGACACCUCAACAAACCAUCAAUUCAGGCAUUGAUUCAUGGGUUGAACCGGCAUUAUUAUUCUAUUGCCAUAAAUUAUCGGAAAAAUGAACUGGAGGAAAAGAUGUUGCUGAACCUGCACAAAAAGAAGUGGACUGACGGUCUAAUGCUGCGGCGGUUUGAUGCGCAUUCCAAGACCAACGAACAAACUGUGCAGGAAAUGCUGAAUUUAGCUGUUAAAUACAACAAAGCGGUGCAGGAAGAAGAUGAGCUGCCACCUGAGAAGCUUGCCAUUGCUAACGUCGGCCGGCAGGAUGCAAAGAAGCAUCUGGAAGAGCACGUAUCGAACCUGAUGUCCUCUAACAUAGUGCAGACUCUGGGUACUAUGCUCGAUACUGUCGUGUUUUAGUCCGUAGAGCUUCGUUGGUGAGGCAUAAUGCAGAUCAUAGGAUUAUAUGCUACACACCUUUCAAUUUACUGCUUGGUAUGAAUCGAUCAUAGUUGGUUUAAUCUGAUUUAAAUCUGAUUUAAUCUGAAUUGGGUGUCGACCAUUCACUCUUUUAUGGGAAAAACCACAUUAGAUGUCUCAGUUAUAGAGCAUCGAUAACCAAUCUUCUCAUUUCAUUUAUUUCAUCUAUGAGAGAUUCUUCAAUGUAUUUUUAAUUUUUAUGAAAUUGUGUGAUAUGUUUCAGCUGAAUUUUAUUUAGUUCAGAGCUUGCUGAUAAA